GCGCUGAAGGCAGUCUGUUACAACCCAAUUACUUUUGCAAACAUGUCCAAUAGAGAUGAGGCCGCCGCUGGGCCCAGCACCUCCGCAGAGCAGGACUUUAUACCGUCAGAGUCGUUCGACGGGGCAAAGCCCGGAUACGUGUUUAAGCUAGAUGACUGCGGAGUGGGCUACUAUCGCGAUAUCCCGCUGGCUGAGCGCAUCCAGGCGGCGAGCGCAGAGGCCAGCAAAGCGGCAAAGAGCAAGCCCGUAGUUGUCAAGGCGAAUAACUCGCUGCUGAAGUCGCUCCAGAAGCGUGGAGGUGGGCCGCAGCUAUCCAUCCCAAGCGGCGUGAAGAAGCAGAAGAAAGACGAUGACGAGUCAAAGCCGGCCUAUCUCAAGGAGAUGGAGCGGUAUAAGUCCUUGUCGUGCGGUUCAGACACCAAGCACGACCGGCCUCUUGUCAAGUAGCUGUCAAGUAGCUGUCAAGUAGCUGCCAAGUAGCUGCCAAGUAGCUGUCAAGUAGCUGUGAGGUGCGGGUGGUCAUGGCUAUGCCUGUAGUAGGCAGUGGGGCGGUCGGGGCAGAGUCCCGGCCUCACAUGACUAGUUGGAUGAUGGCGGCAAGGCGAGGAAGAGGGGAUGUGUAUGAAACCCAGGAAUAGCAAUUAGCCACAGAAAGGGUCAAGUGUGGUGCUGAACCCUCGGGAAUACCGUAGUUAGUAGCAUUGGACCACGGGCCUAUUGCACAGCACAGCAGGCAGAGGGCUGGCGGCGUAGGUGCUGUUGGGUGCACUGGUACGUGUGAUGGGCCCAGGGAGUCGAGGGCCCAGGGGGGUUGGAAGGGCACAUACAACAGGCAGGGUGGGGCCAUGAUGCCUGACAGUGAGGGCAGGAUUGGGGCAUGCCUUCCUUCCUCACUGCCCUCAGGGUUGAGGGUUGCGGAUGCAGUGGUGGGUGUGGCCCUUGGGGUGCUUCCACAAUGUCGUGUCAAUGUGCGGUGUGUGUACAUGGUGCACAUGCAUGCAAGGUGGAGGCGUGAACUGAGGUGAACUGAGGAUGGUUGGCGCAUCCGCCCCCGCCCAGUGCUGCUGCCCAGUGUUGCGGCCUUGCUGGCGUGUCUGUCGCUGGGGUGCUGAGCGGGGGGUAAUGCAGCGUAUUCCCAGACCCAGACGGUAAAGCUCGCCACUCAUACACAUUCAAUGGCUCAUAUCGUGGCAUUUCACCCGCAUCGUGCGCUGGAAAGUCCGUGAAAGACACGCUUGCAACCGCCAUUAUCGCACAAACCUACAAGCUGCAAAUCGACACGUAUAGUUUGCACGUAUUGAGGCUGUAGGGCUGUCGUUGCAGUGGUCGAAAGCGCUUAAAGCAUCGGUGCAUUCGAGCUGGGGAUCUGUUGGGGCUGCCAGCAGCAGGCGGCAGCACGCGGACCGAGCGAAUGGGUCCAGCGGUGUGGCUGGUGAUGGAACAUGGCAAGGGGCAGGAAAGCGUAGUCCCGAUGUGUGUGGCUCCCACCCGUGCCCACAUAAAUGCGUAGCAAGAAGGGACAAGGCAUUGGUGCGUCGUUCGCGCGCUGUUACUGUACCGACGGUAGCUGGCAGGUUGUGUCGAUGUUUUGCUGACGCGCAUUCCUCACGCUCCGGGCGCCCGGCCAAGGCGAUAGCACCACACAGACUCAAUGCGACGCCACACCGCGCGGAUAGCAUAGCCGAUGCGCACCUGCAGGCAGUCGACCGGCGUCCACGGAUGAGCUGUGUAGACGAGCACUAGCGUAAUGCAACGGCGUGCAGCAAAACAAUGGCCGGGCGACAGUGUGACAAGCAGGGGCAAGAACAAGGCGAAGCAAAGCAGAAGAGGGGCCCGAAUGUGUACGACAAUUGUGGCGGGCAGGCCGAAUGCGGUGCAACACGCCAACAACACAACCGGAGGUGAGGAAGCGUUGCUGAUGGUGAGGAUAGGUGCUGCGACGUUCGGUAGGGGAGCUGUGGCCGCGCACUAGAUGGGAGGAAGUUUCCGAGGUGCGGUGUGGCUGCAGAUUGCAUUGAUCAAAGUUCACCCUGU